GUAGUUCAAUGCGGAAGUGGAUUUGAGAGGCAGCAUCAGCUUCGAUACCUGUGCUGUUCUUACUAUAGUUAUAAUGAGGGCAACUCUCUGCACAUCACAAGUGAAUCAGUAUCGAGACGCGUAGCUUUUUAGAUGCGCACUGUCUCUCCUUUUUUCUGAAAUGGGACAUUAAGGCAGCCUAUUUUCUUCAUUUCUGUAACGAUAGCAGGAGAAAGCGUCUGGUCCUCCGUCCAACUGUCAAGAUGAAAGUACGAUCAUCAGUUUUUGCCUCUUUUAUUUUGAUAUUUGAAGGCAUUGGAAUUGCCCUGUUCCUGCGGGGAUUUUUCCCUGUACCUGUUAAGUCUUCCUUCUCAUCCAAAAACAGACUGUCGGACCUCCCGGCGGAGCCCCUGACAGGUGAGUUCAGGUGUUCUGUUACCUGCGCUGCUACAGGAGCCUCUGAGGGUCACGACGAACUAAAACUGUCAUAUUUCCUCUAAUUUCAGGGAGCUCCCCUAACUCCACCCGCCUCCCCCAGCCUCUCUUUAAAAGGGUCGUUAUCAUGUUAGUGGACGCCCUGCGAGAGGACUUUGUAUUUGGUCCUGAUGGUCGCAGGUAUCUGCCCUACACCAGACACAUAGUGGAGAGAGGCUCCUCUCACAGCUUUGUGGCCAAGGCUAGACCUCCUACUGUCACCAUGCCCAGAAUCAAGGUAAGCUCCCUCUCUUUUGUCAUGAUGUUUGAAUCUUAAUGAAAAAAAAAAAAAACUCUGAAAAAGUGGAGCUCGACUCCAGCCUGGAUUUCUCAGACUGUGAUGCUACAAAUAAAGUAUACUGCGAGUCCUUCAAAGGCAAAAUGUAGAACCUUCAAACCCUUAAAGAACCCUUAAAGUUUCUGGACUGACCAGACAACCAUUAAAAAAGUUUUUUAUAUUCAACAAUAUUUUCAUUAGUUUUAUACAGAUAUACACAGGAAACACAUUACAAACAACCCCUUUUCCUGAAUAAAUUUCUACAUUGUUUAAUUUAAAAAUGAAUAUCAUUAUCGCUAUUAUUGUUUACAGUUUGAUAAUUUCUCAGAUUUAGAGCUGAUAUUAAUUCCUUCUGUCAAGUUUGAAGUUAAAGAUAUCUGUAUUACAAUGGAAGAUUGCUCACCCUCUUGUAGUAGAAGUGUGGUAAAUGAGCUGUUCUGAUGUCAGAUGUAGUGGGGUUUUGGUUGAGGAAGUGUUACUGAUCUGGACAACAACAUCACAGUAGGAGGCAGAAACUGUUCUUACUUUAGUUUGGCUUCCUAAAAUUAUAAACUGGUGAAUAAGUGUCUGCGUUGCUGUUCAAAGUCACAGUGCAUGGAGAGCUGUUUGUGCUCCCUGGCUUAGUAUAGCAGCAUUGUAGUCUGCUCUUCAGAUAAAGUCGAGGCAAUUUUAUUAUUAUUAUUAUUAUUAUUAUUAUUAUUAUUAUUAAUUUAUUUAUUUAUUGGGGAAGGAAGGGAAUUUGUAGUUACUGCAAAUUUGACACCAUUUUUUUCCGGGACAGGACGUAUUUGAACCUGGAAACUUUGUCAGAUGAUAAAACAAAAGUCCUGAAAUGUGUUACCGGUCAGAAUUUGAACAGGGUCAAAUGUGUACUUCUUGCACUUUGCCUCUGUAAUGCUGAGUGCUGGUCUUUACGUAAGACCAUUGUCGACUGAUUUGGAGUCAUUAAAAAAUAACUAUAAUUUCAAUUCUGAAAUAUGUGAAUCAUGUUGUCUGUAUACCUAUGAAUAAUCCAAACCUUCAAUGGGAAGGUCAAGGUCUUGGUACAUGUAGACUCCCACUCCUGUCUCUGGCUGCCCUGUGAUCAUCUCUUCCUGAUGGUGUAGUAAUGCUAGCAGUAUGGGAUUAGUUCAUCCUGAUGGGUGCUUUUUACAGCAGCCUCUGCACUGUUGUGUAUGAAUAUGCUGUGAACUUUUGAGGGUGACAUGUGGUAUAAAUACAGUUUUGACUUAACAGUUACACUUUAAAUUGUUCAUCAUUGAUCUUGAUGUCUGUAAAAUUCCAGACGGAUAUUCAUAAGUUAAAUUCUGCCAGUUUUGUCCGAUCGCCACCUCUGCCUUUGAAGUCUAGAUGAUUUUCAACCUAAAGGCUCCACCCCCACUUGAGCAUCAGGGUCCUUUCUGGGGGUUGUUACAUAGUUGUGGAGGGAAAAAUAAAAAAAGAGAUAAUCAAAUCACAUAUUUUUCACUUUCAUGGAAGUUUUUGGAGCACAAUAAGAAUUCAGUUUCAUUUUACAGCUAGCAAUUGUCUUGGGACAAAGUGUCACAAAAAAUAUAUGAUUUUCUGCUUAUUUUGAUUUAUUUAUCUGAUUUAUUCGUUGGUUGAUUUAUUAUUUAUGAGAUUUAUCAGCUAAUUUAAAUUUGUUUAAUUAUGAAGAUUUAUUUAAUUUUUGAUGUUGUUAAAACCACCCCAUGUUUAAUGUAACAGAUGGAAAUGUUUAUCAGGAAGUAUAACAGGUCAAUGAUGAUGAGAAGAAGGGAUGUAGGGAUAAAAUAGGGGGGUGAUUGAUGGAGACUUAGAGGGACAGAUGUUCCACUAUAAUCCAAGGAUUUGGGGGAUGAGUGAAUGAAGAAAAGAGCCUGAAGUCAAAACAGAUCUUGAUUACAGCCUUCAUCCUACAGUCUUCAGUCAUGGUCAAAUAAAUGUUUAUUUUUAUUUUUAUUUUUAUUUUUAUUUUUAUUUUUAUUUUUAUUACUGCCCAUGGGUGCCCCAUGUGAUAUAAGUUUCCACUUAGGUUAGUGUCAAAGUAAAGCAAGACUUUUGGUCAGCUAUUUCUGAAUUGGCCUGAAAUGGACUUUAUUUAAAGACUUAAAAAGAAGUCAGGAUUCCCAAACAGCUCAAUGGUCAGAAAUACAGACAUCCACAAUCACAGACAUUAGAGGCGAGGAGAGUGAAAUUCCAAGCGACAGCUGAAAAAGAGACUUUCAGUUACUUUGACUUGUAGUACACUGUGCACACUGACCCUGUGACAGCAGCGCUUUUAUACAAGAAGAACAGGCAAAAGGAAGAGCUUCUUCUUUACUACAUAUCAGACAAGAGGAGCAACUCUGAGUCUUUAAAAAUGAUUUUAUGCACAUAAAAUACUUGUCUUGACCAGAUCACCUCUUAUCUGAAUGAUUCUGAUCAGGUUGAAAGAAAAUGUCACAUGUAAUUGAAGCUAUUCAGAAAUUUACUCAUGUCUGUUCCUGUGGAGUAGAGAAAGUCAGUCACUUUAAAUUUGUGGAAAUACAGAACAUCUGAAAUACAAAGUCAAGGUACUGGUUUUCUGAUUGAGCAUUUGCAUGUAAUGGUUGUAAGUUUAGGCUCACUGUACUGUGGUGCAUUUAUAUGCAGGCUAUGUAAAAAGGUUGAUGCAUCCAACCUCUUUGUAGCUGCUUGUGCGGAGCAUGAUGGCAGUGUAACAGCUUCAUUUUCAUUCUAGUGUGCAUGUUAACAGAUCAGGACCUCAGACUGUCAGUGUGUUAUAUCUGCAUUAAGUAGCAUAAAAGCUUGAGGAAGCAAAGUAUUUUUUUUUAAAUGAAAGUCAUGCCUGUAUUGUCUUAUUUUUCUCAUUUAUCAUAUAUCUUCCCAGGCUCUCACCACGGGCAGUAUUCCAGGAUUCAUUGAUGUCGUGAUGAACCUGAAUUCUCCCGCUCUGCUGGAAGACAACCUGAUUUGGCAGGCCAAGACAGCAGGGAAGAGGAUGAUCUUUUAUGGAGAUGAUACCUGGGUGCGCCUCUUCCCAAAACACUUCAUGGAGUAUGACGGGACAACGUCCUUCUUUGUAUCUGAUUACACAGAGGUAUGUGAGAGCCACGAACAGGGGCCAUCUGUACUCAAGUGUUAUGUGUGUUAUGUGGUUUUUGCUCACAUUAAUGAGAAUUAAAGUGAGCACCUGGGGUCUAAUGUGGUGGAAUAAUCUAUUUCGCCUUAAAGAACCUCUGCUUAGGGGGUUGGACUUGCCAAUGGAGCUUUAAGACACAGGGCCUGUAAUGUAAGGCGGCCUACCAAAGAAACCCCUCAACAUUUUCUUCAUCUUCUGUCUUCAGCAGGCAGUAGUCAUCAACCACCAGUCACUGUAUUAGUGAGCAUUUUAUAGAGGAAUGGCAUAAAAAGGGUUGAAAAAGGCUGUUGUUAUACAAUGAGGUAUUUAGUACGGUACAUAUAGUACAGACAACUUAGAAUUUUUACCUAAAUUAAGAUUUAAGAUCCUGUAAAUCAAUGAGUGUUUGUCUUUUAAACACAACUCUUCACUUCAGGUUGACAACAAUGUGACCCGCCACUUAGAUAGCACCCUCAAAAGAGAUGACUGGGAUAUUUUGAUCCUCCAUUACCUUGGCCUGGAUCAUAUCGGUCAUAUCAGUGGACCCCACAGUUCCCUCAUCCAACCCAAACUGUUAGAGAUGGAUGACAUCCUGAAGAAGAUUCACAGCGCUCUCAUUUCAAAGGUAAUUUUGUCCAAUUCUUUGUUCACUCAGGAAUGUGUGUGUCUGUGUGUUUUGGUUUACACUUUCAUGAAUAAGAUUUAAUAAGAUUUUUCAAAACUUUUUUUAAGUUUGAUUUGUGAAAAUCAUGAAAUUAAAAUGUAGCUCUAAAGCUUUGAGUUUCUCUUUAAUUUUUUUCCCCUAUAAUAAUGUGCCAAACUACUUUUCCUGUGUGUGAUGUGCAGACAGGAGAUUCCAGUGAUAAAAACCUUAAAGAUUAGAUUUCAGCCUCUCUUCAGAUGUAGCUGUUUAAAGUCAUUUAUAUUGUUUUUUUCAGAUGGUGGAUUUGUAUGUUCAUUUACACUCUUUCUGAAGUUGAAUAAUGUCAAAAUCAAUCUGAAAAAGGCUACAAUUUGACAUUUGUGCCAUCAAAAUUAUGUUCAGCUUGUUUUAAUAUUUUAUCUCAAGUGACAAAGAAUAUGAAAGAAGAAGAUUAAGAGGGUAAAUAAAGUUUUAAGGUAAAUAAAAGAUUUUAACACAUCAAAUACAACUGGCAGACAUUUCAGGGACCUCUAUUAAAACAUUAUGACUCAAAUUAAAAACAAAGAGAAAUAUAUGAAAUGUGAAUCAUAGUCACCUUUGGUGCCUGGGAUUUAUUCAUUGAAGGGCUGUUUUUUAAAAAUACUCAUAUGUGAUGUUAUUGUUACACAUUUGAGUAAUCUGUUAUUAUUGACUUUGCUGAGUGGUCAAAGUUAAUUUGACUUAUUUUCCAGAUAUGUUGCAGGGCCUCAGCUAAAUUUGAUUAUUAGAUUUACUUCAUUGAUCUCCAGUAAAAUUAACUCAAAAUGAAAAAAUAAGUGGCUCAUUGAAAUAUCACCAUGAGGGACUUUUGUAUUUCUGUGCAGCUGCCUGAAUUUAUUGAUUAACCAAAAAUAGAAAGUCAUGUAUAGAUCUUUUAUAUCACUCAUAUUAAAGUCAAAUACACAUGGUUAUCUUAACUAGUAACAUGUUUUAUUUAGACCCUAAAUGAAUCAAUGAAAAAAUAUAAAUACUUUAGGUUUUGCUCUAGAUUUUAGAAUUUGACAGAUAUUUCUGUUAGAAGUGAUAUUCAAGUGCAUCGUCUUUUACAUUAUAACAGAAUUAUAGUACAAAAAAGAGUCAGUGACUGUUUUAGACGUGAUGUAGGGAUGAAAAAAAAAACACGUUUUUUUUCUGUGACUACUGUUAGAAAAGUUUUACUGCUUCUCUGCAGGCCUAACAACUGUCACACAGUCUCAGUGACUCUAAAACUGCAAAAGGGUCAGCUGCUGUUGUAUCAAGAUGCCUGUUCUGAUGGUCAAAAAGUAAGGACAUAUAGGAAGUCCACUAAUCAGAUCUUUGCUCUCACAGGAAGCAGAGGGAUCCCUGCCCUACCUACUUGUCCUGUGUGGAGACCACGGCAUGUCUGAGACUGGUAGCCAUGGAGGUUCAUCAGAGCCAGAAGUCAACACACCUCUGGUGCUCAUAAGUCCAGCCUUCAAAAGAAAAGGUAAACAAAGCUUGGGCAAGAAAUACGAUUUUCAGAGUUCGUGACGAAGUUUAAUCUCAAGACAUAUUUGGUAGAAAUAGCAGUAUUUAACAUUAUCUUGCCGUCAGAUUCCACUACUGGGGUCUCUAAUUUACCACCUGUCUCUGACUCUGGUUUUGGUAUGGGGCAGGUCUAGGAUCAGAGAAUGAUGACACCCUUACAGCUCUCCCCUCACAUGUCUGCUCCCCCCAAGAACUCUAGUCUGAGACACCAAGCUCUCCGCCAUACGCAGAAACAGACGCACAUCUAACACACAGGCUCACAUCCAACUGAGGGAUAAAUGUAAUGUUGAACGAAUUUUGGGAGCUUGGGGCAGUUUGAGCUCCCAUUACGGUUAACAGUGGACUGCUGUAUCAUUAAUACAUUGUGCAAGCCGUCAGGCAGCCACAUGUGAACAGCUCUGAAGGAAAAGAAUGAGCAUGACAAGAGAGAGAGGCUGUUAUGAUUAUGAGCUCAACAACUGCCGAGUUCAAAAGUGAGAGACACUGAGAAUCAUGAUAAAAUACUAGCCAAAGUCUUGAUGCUGACAAACUAUUCAAUAGCUUGAAAGUUUGAAUGAUUUGUUAAAUCUGCAGCCUUUGAUAAAAUGUGAGUAAAAAGCUCAAAUUUUUAUGAUACAGUAUAAAAUGAAUUUUCCACAAGAAAAAUCUGGCUUUCAGUUUUAGAUUAGAUUAGAUUGGAUACAACUUGAUUUAUCCUUUUAGGAGUUCCUUCAAGGAAAUAAAAAAGUGGGUACUAUCACCAAAAUUAGGUAAGGUGAAGAAGUGAUGUAUGAUCCCUUUCAGUGGUAGUAUAUAUGACUUAAAAAAUAGGCUGUAUUGUCCAGUUAGAUGGACAGAAAUGCUUUGGUACACAAUAAAGAAAGGAUCUUUUUUUUUUCCUUUUACUGUGAUUUUCAAAGAAAUUUUUUUUUAAGUUUAUUAUUGCAGAUGAUUAUUUUGUCCUCACUGUUUCAUUUGUGUAUUCUUGUUCCAGUUGAAAUGGAGAAGCCUGGAGUGGUGGAGCAAGUUGACCUGACUCCAACGUUGGCCCUUGGACUUGGUCUUCCCAUAUCUCAAAACAACGUGGGUCGAGUUAUUCCUGGUGUUCUGGAGGAAAGUUCCCUUCGAGAUCAGCUACGCUUUUUACAUCUUAAUGGCUACCAGCUCAGCUGUCUGCUCAAAGACAGCAUGCAGGGCUAUGACAAAGGUGGGUCACUAAUAAUGUUCGUCCAGUUUUGGGUGCAUUAAAACUCAUCAGUCUGCUCAGUUCCCCAAAACUCUUGAAUUUAAAGGAGCAGUCCCACUGCAGAGUCCAUCUCUAACAGAUAAACUGCCGUGAAUGUAACAUUAUUCUAAAAAGCUGAAUUAACUACUAACUGCAUUUAAUCAUCUCCUUUUUAGAUGUAUUGGUAAAUACUUUUUUUUUAAAUUAAUAUUCAUAAAGCUCCAGUGCUUUUAUAAUUUAUUUGUUUAUUCAUUUCCUUUGCAGCUGAACUGUAAUGAUUUCACGCACCUUUGUGAUUGGCUUGCUAGCUGAGGAAUGUUAUGAUGAUGAAUAAAGGCAUUAAUUUGUCCUCUGUAGUAGUAGUAGUUUACCACCACCGUGACUAUGUGAGUGAAUGAAUGAUGUAUCCAAUGUAAAGUGCUUUGAGGGUCUCUGAUAAAGCACUAUAUGAAAUCUGAUGCAUUAUUGUUAUUCUGAUUAGAGGUUUCACUAAAGAUUACUCGAAUUGCAAGUCUUUGAUUACCUAAAAAACAGAUGAAUAUCUGCAAUACCUGUUCCUGUCUCUGUCUGAUCCAGAUGCAGGCUUUGAGCAGUUCCGUGUGGCAGAAAAGGCUCAUGGGAACUGGAUGAAGCUUUACUUGGAGGGUAACACCUCUGAAGUGUUAUCUAAUGUGGGGAAGAAGGUCUUAAAGCAGUAUUUGGAGGCCCUGGCAGCCAUGAGUUCAGCCCUUGGCAAACAGCUGGGCAAAUAUGACAUGUACUCCAUGAUAGCUGGCAUGGUCUUUGUGUUUCAGGUGAGCACACCUUCAUCUUCAGCACUAAUAAGACAGAUGAGUUGGUUAGCUCAAGUAGAAAAAAAACGAUUGUGAAUCCUGUGAAAUACUCUUUGUGUACUGUCUGUGUCCACUUUCAAAAGUUUUACGCUCAAAGCUAGAAUGAAGGUUGACAUAUGCUGAACAAACCAUGAUCAGUGUCUGUGAAUGAAUAAGAUGAACAAAUGUAAUUUUAAUCUGACAUCUUUCUCCCUGUCUCUUCAUCCUGUCUCUGUCUCCCGGCUCUGAAGCUCCUGUUAGUCUUACUGCUGGCUAUGCCUGAAGCUCUCAGUGGUGGAGGGGUGGUUGACCUCCCAGUCCUCUCAUCCUUACUCUCACUGCCUUUCUACCUCUUGUGCCUGCUGCUGGCCUCAGUGCAUGUCCUGGUGUGCACAUCUGCAGAGAGCUCCUGUUACUUCUGCAGCCUCUCCUGGGGUCUGGUGUUUGCUGCUGUCGCCUUCUCCUCAGCCAUGUUUUGUACUCUGGUUUCCAUGAUGACAAGGCAUCUUACCCCAGGACCAAAGAUUUCCGGCAAGGUGAGGAAUUGAAUUUCUUCAUGAGCUGAAAGUUUUAUAAAGUCCCCCUAAACUCAACUCUUAUUUCACAGCAAAAAGAAAGCUGUUAGUGGAGGAGGCUUGUUUUUAGUGACAAAGCUGCCAAUACGAUCAAUAACAACAUGAUACAGAAUAUCUUUGGCACCAAUCAGCUGCAAGUACACGCCUUAAAAAAGUUAUAAAAAGGUUCAUAUCAAACAAGAAGAAAAGAUCAGAUAGAACCGAUCCAGCUAUCCCUGGCAGGAUAACAACAAUAACUAGAAAAGCACUCAGAGAGCGCAGACCUCCACCAAGCAGCUCAUGUCCCCCCUUAAACAAGAAAUGGCCUGACCAGGAUUUGAACCUAGGACCUUUUGGUUGUGAGGCGACAGAGCUUACCACUACACCACUGUGCCGCCCAUUGGUUAUCUUUCAGCAUUGAAAAUUCCAGCGGCACCCUUAUUUUUGUGUGUUCUGGAUCACAGUAUCCAGAAUUUUGUCCGGAUCACCACCUCUGGUGAAAAUUUCACGUCAAUCCGUCUGUUACUGUCUCCGUAAAGUUGCUUACAGACAAACAAACAAACCAACGCUACCGAAAACAUAACCUCCUUGGUGGAGGUAAUAAGACUUUAAAACUGAUGUGAGAGAAAGUCAAAACCUCAUGGGAAUCUGUUACCAAUACUCGUGAUUGAUUGAUACAGUUUUUCAGAGGCUGAUUAUGAGAGCGCAGGUCAGCUGAUGGCCAAUCCAUAUAUCACACUGUUUUGUUUUUUUGGAUUUGACAAACUACAGCAAUGUAAUAGUACCAAUGAGUCAAAAACAAAGCUGCUGACCGUCAGUGAAUAUUGAAUCAGAAUCUAAUAUUGAUGGUUGUGUAUUCCAGUAAUGUUCUUGAUGGAUUUUUAACAAAUCAAAGGAAAGACACAGAUAGUGGGUUAUGCUAUAAAUCACUUAACAUGGCUGACUUGGCUGUCAUUACUCAAUAUUACAAUAUAGUACAGCAUUAAAAUGCUAGCUUAUAAAGUUUACAGUGAUGUGUUCCUGAAAAGAACACUACUGUGACCACACAUGGGUUUUAAAUCUGGAUUUUAAUCUCCCUUGCUUCAGUUGUAUCUUCUUAUACCUGUCCUGUUAUCUCUUUCAUAGGUGCCCUUCAGGAGCAGUGAGUGGUCACUCUCUGAACUUGACGUUUUAUUGCUGGCUGGCACUCUUGGACACACUCUCAGUUUGGCGGCCAGCAGCUUCGUCGAGGAGGAGCACCAAACCUGGUACUUUUUGCUCAACACGCUAUGCCUCGCCGUCUUCCAAGAUGUCUGCCGCAAAUACUUCAGAGAGCAGAGGGACCCCUCUGAUGGAGAGGAGCACACCCCUCUCUCUAAAGACUGUUAUACCUCUGCUCACCAAAAGACAAAUGUUUGCUCAGAGAAAUGGCUAGCAUUGGCCACACCACCUUUCACCCUGAUCUGCUGCAGACUGCUGCGCUCCUUAAACCAGACUGGGGUGCAGUGGGCUCAUCUUCCUGAUGUGGGACAUUGGUUAAACAGGUUUGGUUUCCUGGUCUUUCCAGUUAUUGUGAUUGAAAUAGAAUAUAAGCACCCAGAGAGGUUUGUGGGAGCAAAGUAAAGGACAAAAACUUCCACCUUAGGCACUUAAUCGGAGGUUCGUUUGAUCUAUUUUUUGAUUCUCUUGUAGAGUCCAGCUUUUUAAGUUUGUUAAGUUUGAAGAUAUGGUUUUGCUUUUUACAUAUCACACAACCAAGAAAGAUUAUGGCCUAAUCAAACAGCUCUCCAUUCACCUCUAAUCACCAUCAGACCACUUGAACCUCUGACAGUCAUUAAGAAAUCUAAAAGUGACAAGCUGACUGACUCACAUAAAUGAAAGACGACUGUUUCUGAUGUUAAAGCAGUGUCUCAAACCUGUUCCUUUCAGCGCAUAUGCUUCUAUUCUGAUUGGCUCGUCUCAUACAUUUCAAGAAAUACCUAUGUGAGGUGUGAACAAUAUGAGUCUUCCUCUCCUGUUGCAAAACAAUUGUUCACCAGUUCAUCUGUGGCUGUUACAUCCUCCUUACAUGUUGUAAAUGACAGAAAUGGACUUUUGCCUUUCACCUGUUCAGUGCUGCCCUCUUUUCUCCCUGCAUGCCUGAUGUUGUCUCAGUAACCACUGCUGUCUGAUCCAGCUGAUCUGUGGUCUGUUUGUUUGUAGCUCUGAACACAGGACCGUACUGUCCUUUCUGGCUGCUUUCUGUUUGGUUCUCAUCUACCUUCUGGUUCAAAGACGUUGCUCGUGGGUGUCGAAGGUUGCCCUUGCACUUGGACUUUUGGGUGUCUACAGCUACCGGGCAGCUGUCGGCAACGUCUCGUUUCCCUGGCAACACUCAAGUCGGACUAUGUCCAAGUAAGUUUGUACCCCCCUGCUCUGGAUUAUCCUUUCAUUCACCUUCACAGCUGGCAAAGUGCUCUCUGAUUUUAUUGGAUGAUUGAGAUGUAUUGAUGUUUGGCAGUUUAAAAGGAUGUUUGAAGGCUUAAUGUCAUACAAUGUCUAAGUACUUGGACAAAAACUCAAAAAAUCCUCAGCUCAGGCUACUCACAAUCUCUACAAUAAUAAGUAAAUAGAUGUUUGGUAAAAAAAUAAAAACAUAUCUAUAUAAAUUAAGAACUGACACUCUGUGCUGUCGUUCUCUCUCAGGGGAACAGUGGAGGCACGCUUUGUCUACGUCUUUGUUUUGGGCAUCCUCUUCACCGGGACCAAGGACCUCUUGCGCUCCCAGAUCAUCACAGCAGAUGCCAAGCUGAAGAGCAGGGGAUUGUGGGAGAUCUACAGUGGCUUGGUUUUGUUGGUGUCACUGUUGUUUCGUGCGCACAACUUACCAGUCCUCUGCUGUUGUAUGCUGAUCCAAACUCUCAUGGCUCAGUUUAUCUGGAAGAAACUCCACUAUGAUGCAGCCCAAACCACUAUCAUGCAUUACUGGUUUGGUCAGGCCUUCUUUUACUUUCAGGUAGGACACACCGUGAACGUCAGUGAGGACAGAGUUUAAUGACUGUUUGCUUUUAUUUAUGGGGUCCACUGAUGAUUUAUUAAGGACUGCCAAAACUGUAUUUGACUUCUGAUAACAUGAUGAUCUUUGUCUUUAUUUUUGAAAAUAUUAUAAAAUUACUGAAGGUAUUUUUGGUCAGAAGCUACAAACGUGUCAUUUUAAAUAAAUAAUUGCAAGAACGAUUCGUUCUUAUGUUAAUAUCAAUAACAGUGCCGUGGGCUAUCAUAAGCAACUAAUUUUCCAGUACAUGUAGUUCUGCUUGCUCCUCUUUCUGGAGGCUCAGAUUCAGACGUACUGUCUAGGACUACAUCUGUGAUUUUCUCAUGUGACUGCUGUGAGUGGAGACAAACAGAUGUCGAUCAAACGUGAUAGAUCAUAGUUUUAGUAAAGAUCAAGAGGGUCUGGUUUUUUAUUCAUUUAAAAAAAUACAUUUAAAGUUUUGUGAUGUUUGUUAUCAGCUAUUGAGCUAUUCCUUGGCUUAACUUACAGAAGAUCUUGUUCACUCUCAGGUGCGUUUUCAGAGUGAAUUUUUCUAACGUCAGAUCUUGUUUGUGCUCCUGCAGGGCAAUUCCAACAACAUUGCCACCAUCGACAUUUCUGUGGGUUUUGUUGGAUUGGAGAGUUACGUAGAAGCCCCUGCUAUCUUCUUGACUGCCCUCAGCACUUACGCAGGGCCCCUGCUUUGGGCAUGUCACCUCGUCUGCUACCUCAGCUCAGAGAGAGAUCAGUAAGUGACCUUUUUUAUCCAACUAGGGGCAUCUGUAGGUGGGAUUAGUUUUGCAAUUUGAGCCUACCAGACUCAGCUGAGAUGAUGGUUUGAUCAAAGAAGACAACCAAAGUUACCUUAGUGAAAGAAAAGUCAUGAUUUAGUGUCAAAGGAGUAGGACCUGCCUAUCUUAUUUAUAUGUUAGCGUUUAUACCAUCACUAUUUCUGUUUUACUGUUUUAAUAUGAAUAGAUACUUGCUUUGCUCUCUGUCGUGUUUCCCUAUUCUCUGAUGAGUCUUUUUCUCGCCGCAGGAGUCCAGUUGCAGUCGGUCAUGGCUGCUACUGCUUAGCCCUACUGCGGUCUGUGCCAGCUGCUGCCUACAUCGUGCUGAUAACCGUCCUGCGGUACCAUCUCUUCAUAUGGAGCGUCUUUUCACCAAAACUGCUGUAUGAGUCCAUGCACCUUCUUCUCACUGCAGGAGUCUGCCUCUUCUUCAACACAAUGGACCACAGCCACAGUUCCAGUAAGGCUUAAGAGGCCGAAGACUUGAGAAAUUUCCUGAUUUUUAAAGGGUUGGAUAGAUUUUUAAAACCAUGUGAGGGUAUUAUUUAUUUUCCAAACCUGUUGACAGUUUGUGAUGAAUGCUUUUGAAACUGUCCUCUUUUUGCACUCCUAAUUUUUGGUUUUUAAAAAAAUACAUAUAAAAUGCACUUGGAAUGUAUUUUUCUGCUGUCUAAUCAAAUAUUUGAUUUCCUGGGGGAAAACUUUUUUUUCUGGUGAAUAAAUAAUGAAAACAAAGCUUUUUGAGAGAGAGAGUAACUUUUUAACAUGUUCGAAUUACCUCAGGAGAAGUUGUACAGCUGCUGCUGCUGCUAAAAGAACCAUGCAGCACUUUGUGUGUUUGCCAUCAUUAUAAAAGACUGUUACAUGUGAGAAUAACAUUAGUGUGAGUUGAAGACAAUGCAAAUCGGUGAUCUCCUGGUUCUCACUGUCACAUUAGGGCAUGCCUGAAACCUUCCAGGUGUUUUUAGUUAUUCUGUGUAGUUGGAAGGGGAAUUAAAUUUUGGCUGGAGACACUUGAAGAGGACCACGGCAUGGCUAAUGUUAUUCCUAACAUUUGAGCAAAACACUCUUUAACUAAACUGUGAAAAACGCUUCUGGACUCAUUAAUGGUGGAGACAGAAGACAACAUGAUCUCUGACAUUUGACAAAUUGCAUUGAAGCCCCAGGUGAAGAAAUAGUUUCAAAUAUGAUUUCAGCAGGAUUCAUAAGAUUUAGGACAAAUGUGUCUCAAAUUUCUCUAUUUUGUGAUGUGCACUGGAAAACAUUAUUUCACCAUCUCAUUCAGAGUGAAGGAAAAGCUGCAAAGCUGCUGGUUCUCAGGGGAAAGGCUUUUAACCGGCAGAGCCACGUCACCAUCAUGUCUGCUUACCGGGGUCUGAUUUAUUUAAAAAUUAUUCCGAAAAAAAAAACAGAACUGAGUUUAAGUCUGAAUCUUUCCAGAGUCUUAAGUUUGGGGUCUAAUCAGGGUGUAGAAGGCUGUGUGGUUAUGUGGUGUCAAUGUGUGAAGUAUAAUUUCUGUUGGAUUUGUCAUUGUUAUUUAACUUUUUAAUGUUUUUUUCUGAUCUCCAAAGUAAGAGGAAUAAACACUCCAUUUAGCCAAAAUCUGUUUGAACAUGAUUUGCACAAGACUACUCUAAAAUUUUCAAUGUGAGUGACAAUGCAAAGUAGAUAUCAGUAAAACACCCUGUCUGGACACAUCUUCUUUAUUGUUUUCUAUCAUGUUUUAAUCUUAAUCGUAGAUUAAUGUUGAAAAUGACAAAACUAUGAAGGAAGUAUCUCAACCAGCUUCAAGAGGUUGUCGGCUCACAUGGUUUUCAGUACAAAGGUGUGUCAGCUGUGUUUUCCAGAGCUUCUAGUCCUUUGCAAUAAUUAGCCCUGUUUUUCUUCUGUUCUAAUCUAUUACAUGGCAACAAACACUCGACUGAAGUAAAGAGAAACAAAUGGUUAAUGUAUGCCCAAACAUUUCAAUAAGUUGUGGUGCCAUUUAAAACAGAAUUUCUCUUUAAUGUGUUUUCUGGGUAAGUUGUCAAAAGACUGUAUUUUUGUUUGUUUAGUUUAUGUCAUUAAUAUAGGAAAUCAAUCAAAAGGUUUGCAAAGAUAAACUAAAAUAACAUUGUCAUACAGUGCCGCCUUGUGGUGUUCUCCAUUAAUGCUCCGUCCUUCCUUAUACUGUUCGGCUCUCUACAGAGGGGAAACAUCCGUUAUAAAGGACAUCCUUGUUGUGUUCCACAUUAAAAUAUAACAGUUUGCUAGAUAAUUUAUUUUAAUCCAGGCUGAUGAUUUACCACAGUUUGUAAUUAACAUUCAACACAGAAAUCUGCCUGUAUGAUCAACAGUUGAGGUCAUCCUUUCCUUCUUUGAUGGUGAUUUUUCAGCUUUGAGUUUCAAGGUAGUGCUGUUCAGGACUAAAUCAGCAGCUGCUUCUGUGAAUAUUUUAUUUUGUUCCUCGGACAGGACGGCUAGGAUGAGGGUAAUCAAGAUGACGCUCAUUCUCCAAUUUUGUCAAGUAUAUAAAGAUUUGUGAUACAUUUCAAAUGCCUUUUGUAUUUCUUUAGUAGAACCACGAUCCCCUUUUCUUAUAUAUCCACUUAUCAAGUUUUUUUUUUUGUUUUUUUCAGCCUUCUUGCUAAAAAAUUUACUGAUUUUGAACCUAACUCAAGGUAUUUUGUUUUUAUCACCUUUUUUCAGUUUUUUGAAUAUUAUACUUUUAUCUCAUUUUUUAUUUAUUUUCUCUCUCAGAUGAAGUCAGAUUCUUUUUUCCUUUCUGUGUUGUGAUUGUAGGUCUUUCAUUUUUUUAUUAUUAAAAAAUGAUUAAAAUCAAUAUCUCAUGGUUGAUCUCAUGCUGUCUCCUCCCACAAUCCAGGUGGGUGGAAGCUGGAUCGCCUCCUGACCUUGAUUGGUGGUUAACUUAACUAUACCAACAGCAAAUCAUUGUUGCUUCUGACGCACCCUGGAACAGUCAGGUGCCGUCUGCAUUAAAAAAAAUCAGCGUUCUUGCAGGUUCGGGAGUCCAAAACUUAAUAUUCUUUUCUUUUGAUACUUUCUUGGCUUUGGCAUUAUCACUGCGUAUUCUCAGCAACUCUGAAAGGUAAUCAUGGUCUCGCAGAAGUGAAUAUUGUCGCAGAACACUUUUUUUGCCAUCCUCACUGAAAUACCUCCUCUUUUGUCUGGAAACUCUUGAACUUCAGUCUGAUGGACUGGAUCUUUGCAUUCGAGUCGUUAAGACUCAGUACAGGGACCUGGGCUCCAUUAACUGGAGGAAAAUUGAGGGCAAUUUUCCAGAAAAUCAGCCCUCUUUUCAGUCAGGUGUCCUGUAAAUCCCUUAAGUUGCUUCUCCCUGCUCGACCCUCCAGUCUAGCCUCCUGGUUAGCUUGGUGUUGCUUUAUCCUCGUCAGUAUUGUUGAUGUUGCUUGAAUCACAUUCGCUGCUUUAAGAAGGCCCCCUCCUCUUCCAGUCUGUCAUUCGCUCUUUUUUGUUUCUGUUUAAUAUCGUAGAGUUGUUUCUCUCUGUCCUUUCUCUUAAACUGCUAGUUAGAUUAUUUUAAAUGAAAGUAACAAACAGAAAAGUGUUUGUUCCUUUCAUGUUUUCUUUAUUGAUUGAAGGAUUUGGUGACAUGCAGAAAUCUGGAACAUAAACCAGCUGAUUCAUGUGUUCAGUGACGUGAGUCUGGUGUUAGAGGAGAGUGCCAGUGAAAUAUGACACAGCUUAACAUAGACAGCUGCUGUUGACUGAAUCUGACUAAAGAAAGUGGAAAUGCUGUGACUCUGUUCCCGAUGACAGCCGCCGUGAUGAGGACGUCAACAGUAAUGAAGAAGAAUCAUUCCCACACCAAGCUGAAGGAUGGAGUUAAUGCAGUCUCUAGAGCGAGUGGAGAUGGAUAGACGGUUGAAUGAAAGAGUGGAUCAUCUCCUUAAUGACAAGUCUGAGUCAGUAGGGGAAGGAUAGGGUCAUGACGAUAAAGAUGACAGGGUUGAUUUAAGACGCCCGACUAUAGAGGAGAAAGUGUGCAUCAUAACUAUCAAAACAAAAGAUUCAUUAAACAUCAGAGAGACUGAGACAGCAACCAGCACAUUUACCCACAAACAGACACUCCUGAACUGACAUGCUCAGCUCUUUCUCAUACAUUAUCCUCUGUUUGUUUUGAGGGUUUAAAGAUGCCUGAUGAAAAAUUCUAGAGGAAAUCCUGCCUGAAAUCAUGUGCUAUCCUGUCAGUGCUGAAUUAUGAAGCUGACACCGAAAGGACAAACUACAGUUCCUCCAGUGUCCACCUGAGGCUGUCUACAAAAGCAAAGGAACUCACAUUAACACCUAUUAUAAAAAGUCCCAUUUUAUGUUGAACUGGCUCUGUCUGAGCUGUCUGAAAAUCUGUGUGGAAACUUCAAGAGGAUAGAGGUCAAAGGAAGACAAAAGGUCCC